ACAACCCACAGCUGCUGCAUCCAUCGGUACCUCCUGACCUUACCGCCAGUGCAGGGAUCUACCGAGGACCUGUGUUUGCCCUGCAGGACUCCUCUGAUAAGAUCCCCAUGACCAAUUCACCCCUGCUUGACCCCCUGCCCAGCCUGAAGAUCAAGGUGUACAACUCAUCCACCACAUCCUCCACCCCUGGCCUGCCUGAUGGAGCCGACCUGCUGGGAGUCCUGCCCGUGGGCACCUACCCAGGCGAGGGGAUCCGAGAUGCUCACUUCCUCAACCUGCGUAAUGCCAGCCUUGGCUCUCAACAAACCUUAGGUCUGCCCCGAGAUCCUAGCAACUGUGCCAGCGGGACAUUUGGCUGCCUUGGCGGGAGACUGACCAUUCCUGGCACAGGGGUGAGCCUGCUGGUACCCAACGGGGCCAUCCCCCAGGGGAAAUUCUACGAGAUGUACCUGCUCAUCAACAAGGCGGAGAACACCCU